CAGCAGAGUUCAACGCACAGUAUAGUGUUGUAUGUUGGUGAUCCAAUGUCCAGGGCUGAGGAUCAAUGCAGAUCACAACAGUGGGUGGAUCGUGUUGUUUGAGCACUCCUAAGCUUCCAGUUUGAGUCUUGAGAAAAAUUUAUGCUAUUCUCGGAUUUGGGGUUCCAUAUUUUUCUCCUCUGUUUCCUUCUCCCAUCAAUCUCUUUUACAAUCCUUUCGAGAUGAAAAGAAAAGAACCCUUUAAUUCAGAAGAUCUGAUCUAUGAGGCAUCUUCCUCAGCAAUCCCUCCACAUGGAGGUGAUUAUGAUGACAGAAUGAAAAGGACGAAGGGAAAUGAUUACGAAGUGUUCUUGAGCUUCAGAGGAAAAGACACUCGUAAAGGUUUCACCGAUUAUCUCUAUACUAGCCUUGUUGACACAAGAUUUCACGUGUUUAGAGAUGACGAUGAGCUUCCUGUUGGUGAGAAGAUUGGUCUGGAGCUCCUCUGCGGAAUCACGCGAUCCACAAUCUUGAUCCCAAUUAUCUCCGAGAACUACGCUUCUAGCAAAUGGUGCCUUCGUGAGCUGGCUCAAAUGUUGAAGUGCAAGAGAAGCAAAGGGCAAAUAGUAUUGCCUAUAUUUUACAAAGUGAAGCCCUCGGAGAUGCGACAUCUUACAAGAAGAUGGCGAGAUGCUAUCAAUGCACAUAAAGAGAAUUUGGGUGAAAUGGUUGUGAAGGAAUGGGAAGAAGCACUUGAAGAAGUCUGUUCCUUGAAAGGAUGGGAAUUAGAGGAAAUUGAUAAUGGGCAUGAAGGAACAUUGGUUAAAAUUGUUGUUAGAAAAGUUAUGGCCGAGUUAAAUAGACUUUUUUUGCUAAAUGUUCCCGACCAGUUGGUGGGAAUCAAUGAUCAUGUGGAAGAAAUUAUGAGUAAGAUAGAUGCAAAAUUCAAUUGUACAAGGAUUAUUGGAAUUUAUGGAAUGGGCGGCAUUGGUAAAACAACCCUUGCAAAGGUGUUAUACAACAAACUCUCUAGUCAUUUUGAAAAUCGUAGCUUUGUGGCAAAUAUUCGAGAAACAUCUCAACGUGAGGGUAUAAAAUUUCUACAAAAGCAGCUCAUUUCUGACAUAAUGGGAAGUUCAUUUGAUGUGUCCAAUGUUGACGAAGGAGUCAAUAUCAUCAAAUGUCGAUUUGCAAGUAAGAAAGUCUUAGUUCUUCUGGAUGAUAUGGAUGAUAGUACUCACUUGAAUGCUUUGGUUAAGGAUGGUAGUUGGUUUGAAGUGGGAACUAUAGUCAUCAUCACAACUAGAAACAAGAGCAUUCUCAAUGAGGCUAGGGCAGGCUGCAUGUACCCACUCAACGAGUUGUCUUUUGAUCAAUCAUUGAUUUUAUUUAGUAUACAUGCAUUUCAAAACGAUUUUCCUCAUAGUUAUUAUGAGGCUAUCUCUUCUGGAAUCGUAUCUACUACCGGGGGGCUUCCAUUAUCUCUUGAAGUUGUAGGUUCAUUCUUAUGUGGAAAGAAAGAAGAAGUAUGGAAAGAUACAUUAAAGAAAUUAAAGAAAGUGCCUGAUAAGACAGUGCAAGAGAAGUUGAAAAUAAGUUACGAAGCACUAGAUGACGAGGAGCAACAAAUAUUUUUGGAUAUUGCAUGCUUUUUCAUUGGAUCACGUAAACAAAAUCCAAUUUACAUGUGGGACGCCUGUAGUUUUCUCCCAGGGAGGGGGAUUGAAGUGUUAAGUCUUAUGUCCCUAAUUAAGAUUGACGAAUACGAUCGGCUAAUGAUGCAUGAUCAACUGAGAGAUCUUGGAAGGGAUAUUGUUCGUCUAGAAAAUCCAAAGAAGCCUCAAAAGCGUGGUAGAUUAUGGAAUUCUAAGGAAGCUCUAGAUGUAAUUGACGGAAACAAGGGUACUAGAAAGAUAGAGGCCCUUUCUCUUGGCGAAUGUGGUAUGGGAAGAACAUACGCAGCCAAACAACUUAAAAAAAUGACCAACUUGAGGUUCCUCCAAGCGGAUGGUGUGGACUUCACCGGAGAUUUCCAAAGCUUACUUCUUGAAUUAAGAUGGCUUCAGUGGAAGGGCUGUCCAUCGAAUUUCGUUGCGGACAACUUUCAUCCAAAAAAACUAGUUGUACUUGAUUUAUCAUACAGUGCCAUUUCGGAGGACUGGGGAGGAUGGGAUCCACUCAAGAUAGCGACUGAGCUCAAAGUUCUUGACCUCACGUGGUGUCAAUUUUUGAAAAGAACUCCUGACUUGUCCACUUUCAAAAGGUUGGAGAUUUUAAAUCUUGCACUUUGUGAGAAUCUAGAAGAGCUUCAUCCUUCUAUUGGGGACAUCAAGACUCUUGUUUUUUUGGAUGUCCGUGGUUGUAGAAAACUCGAGGAGCUACCCAAAGGUAUAGGUAGAAUGGUAGAAUUGAGGCACCUUAACAUUGAAAAGACCGGUAUACAUGAUAUUCCUAUUUCGAGUGAUUGUUUGAUGAAGUUGGAGCUUCUAUCUCUUGGUCAUUGUAAAAUUUCUCAACUUCCUAAAUCCAUGGGCUGCUUGGUUUCAUUAACUCAAUUACACAUACCUGAUUUAGCAAUUGAAGAAUUACCCGAAUUCAUUGGUGCCAUGAAGGAGCUCAAGGUUAUUGAUGCCAAUGGGAGUAAAAAGUUAGGUCAUAUUCCCAACUCCAUAGGUAAUCUAGCAUCUUUGGAAAUGUUGGAGUUAAGCAGGUGCCGCUCAUUGAUAAAGAUCCCCGACUCGAUUGGAAAUCUGACAUCAUUGAUCAAGCUAAACUUAGGAGGGUUAUCGACUACAAAAUUAUCCGAAAGCAUUUGGAAUCUGCAAAAUCUGAGGAUCUUGUUAUUUAUAGAACUAAUAUAACGGAAUUGCCUGAUGCCAUUGGGAUAUUGGCAAAACUCCAAAAGCUAAAUGCUUGGGGUUGCGAAAAUCUGGAGCGACUACCUCGUAAUAUAUGCAAAUUGAUUUCGCUAGAGGUGCUUAGCCUUAGGUUAUGUAAAAAGCUUCGAGAAUUGCCAGAACUGCCCCCUGGCUUAACAGAUUUAAUGAUCACCUGCCAGGGGCUGUCUUUGCCCCAUCUUUCCCAGCUAACCCGUCUCAAGAAACUCCACCUUGAGUGUUGUGAUCGACUUGGAUGUGUCCCGGAGCUUCCCAUUGGACUAUCGCAGCUUUAUAUUGUAAGUUGUGGAAAAUUGAAAGCCUUGACGAAUUUGUUAGACUUGAAACACUUGGGAUGUUUCCAAAUUAUUAAUUGCCCAUCUCUCGAAGGAUCGCCCGACGUGUCGAAUUUUAGGAUGAUAAAAGAUGAGACCCCGCUUCUGUUGCCUUGGAUUCCUCGCGUGAGCAUACCUGAAGAGCUACGGGGGGCGGAAGAGAAGGACGGCUGGACGUCCAUGGAAUCUCUCUCUCUCUAGCUACUAGUCAGUCGCCCUGCUGGUUUCCCAAGCCCGAAGAUCGAAGCCACCAUUCCCACUGCCCAUCCACCGUAGGCAGGCGAGCAGGUUGGUCGUCGUGGCAGAGAUGACGACGGCGACGGCUGGCAACGCCC